AAUGUCAGAACGCGAAACGGCGGCGUUGACAACGGAGCUGCUCUAGAAUCGCUCUGCCAGCUCGGGAAACUUUCAGCUAAUACGCAAAGUGAACGUGGCUAAUAGCAUAACAAAGCAAAUUAACCGAAUCAAUCAAAGCGUCAAUCAAGCGGAAUAUGCGCACUCACAACAACAACAAAAACAACAGCAACAGCAAGUGUCUUGGGCAACAGCAACAACAAUAGAAAUGAACAAAUUAAAACACGCGCUCAACAGGUGACACAGCCAAAAACAAUAAAUACACGACCAUAAUAUAUUGGCAUAGUUAAUUAAUUCCAGACAGGAAAAACAACAAAACAACAAAAAGAAGAAGCAAAAAAACAAAUAAUUGUUGCUAAUUUCUGUCCGUAUUUGGCGUUAAUCCAGGGCGCAGAUAGCACAGAUAGAACUGAUAAUGAAACUGUGAUACAUUUGACAACUUUUGUUGUCGUCGUGCCUAAUUAAGCCGUCACACACUCAAGUGCGCCACUUCACAUAGCUCGGAACACCCCGCCCACAAGCUCGCCCACUAUCGCAGUGCCAAACAAUAGCAACAACAACAGCAACAAAUAGUCGUAGCCGAAGACGAAGAGGAAGAACUAUAAGAAGUGAAGGUUUUUACCGGUAACCAGCGACGCCAGCAGCAGCAACAACAACAAACGCGCUGUCAACGCCGCCGUCGGAGUCAGCUGCUCCGCAAACUGAACGCAUUUUCGCUUUUGCUCGCUAAUGUAAUAGUGCGUGUGUUUGUGUGUGUGUGUGUAAAAGAGACUGAGCACGACGCGACGCGUCGCGACGUUGGCUGCACUCCCGCUAAGUGCGCCCAACUUUCUGCAAUCGAGAAUCGCGGCAGAGCUUGGGAUGUGUUGUGACUGUGGCGUUGGCAUUGCCGUUGACGUUGGCGCUGGCAUCUCUGCCGCUGCAAAGGAAGUCGAUCUUGUGACUCGCUUGGUGCAACACAAAAGUGCAGCUAAUUGAAUUUAAUGCACAAGCAAAAGGAAUUUGAUUUCAUUUUCACAUGUGACGCAUACGCAGAGCCCACAGCAGAGUCAAACGCAAUGCGGAAAGAAAGUGCGAGCGAAAAAACAAAGCAAAACGUGAAUCUGCACAGUGAAUGCAAAUCCAAAGUAAACAACGCCAAUAAAAAUACAUAAACAAAAGAAAAUCAGUGCAAAGAGUGGAAUUCCAGUUACAAUACAUUAAUAUUCAAGGCAACAGCAUCUAAUUGUGAUAUUGCAACAUGUUCAACAAGAGUUCAAACACAAAAUCAAAUAAAAAUGGACCCGAAUCUCUGCUCCUCGUGCCCUCGCCGAAUCACACUCUGCCCCUGCGCACGUGCUCCAAUGCGUCCUCGUUGCGCUUCAAUAUGGGUCACGACCACGACCACGACAAGAGCCCGGAUGGUUCCGAGGAGGGUCUGGGCUAUACACACACUCUGAUGUAUGGUCGUUAUACGAAAGAUCUAGGAGAAUUUGCUAAAGAUGAAGCCAGAAAACUCAAACUACUCGAAAAGCGAAGAAAACAAGAAGAUAAACAAAGAAAUAAGGAACUGUUGGGCAAACGAGCGACGCGCAUAAAACGCAUCUCAUCAUGGAUAUGGAAGCAUACAUUGGCGCGGCUGGGCGAGGAUUGGGUAUUCCUGGCUCUGCUGGGCAUCAUAAUGGCCCUGCUCUCCUUUAUCAUGGACAAGGGCAUAUCAAUAUGUACAAAUGCUCGUAUUUGGCUCUAUCGCGAUCUUACUUCACAGCCCUUUAUACAGUAUAUUGCUUGGGUAUCAUUGCCGGUCUGUCUAAUAUUAUUCUCAGCCGGCUUUGUGCAUCUCAUCGCACCGCAAAGUAUAGGUUCCGGUAUACCUGAAAUGAAGACCAUACUGCGCGGCGUUGCGCUGAAAGAGUAUCUCACAUUUAAGACAUUAGUGGCCAAGGUAAUUGGUUUAACGGCAACUCUGGGCAGCGGUAUGCCAUUAGGAAAGGAAGGUCCUUUCGUACAUAUAGCAAGUAUUGUAGCACAAUUAUUAAGUAAACUCGUCACAUCAUUCCAAGGCAUAUAUGAGAACGAGUCCCGUAACUCUGAAAUGCUGGCGGCUGCCUGUGCCGUCGGCGUGGGCGCGUGCUUUGCUGCGCCCGUAGGUGGCGUUCUGUUUAGUAUUGAGGUAACCACAACGUAUUUUGCGGUGCGCAAUUAUUGGCGCGGUUUCUUUGCGGCCGUGUGUGGUGCAACGGUUUUUCGACUGCUGGCUGUGUGGUUCCAGAAUGCGGAUACUGUGCGCGCACUAUUCCUAACCAAUUUUACCACAGAAUUUCCCUUCGAUCCGCAAGAGCUGUUUGUGUUUGCAUUAAUUGGCUUUGUUUGCGGCUUAGGUGGCGCCACCUAUGUGUGGGUGCAUCGUCGAUAUGUGCUUUUCAUGCGCUCCAACAAACGCAUGAACAAAUUUCUACAGAAAAAUCGCUUUCUGUACCCCGGCUUUCUGGCGCUGUUGGUCUCUAGCAUUUCAUUUCCCCUAGGCACAGGCCAGUUUUUAGCCGGGGAGCUCAGCACACACGAACAGGUAACGCAGUUGUUCAGCAAUUUCACCUGGUCGCGCAGUGAUCUGACUGUGGAGCAAGCUGCCGUUGUCACGCACUGGAUGACCAGCUACACGAGCGUCUUUGCCAACCUGGUGAUCUUUACCAUCUUCACGUUCUUCUUUUCCAUCAUAGCGUCCACGAUCCCGGUGCCAUCGGGCAUGUUUAUACCUGUAUUUAAAAUUGGCGCCGCAUUUGGUCGCUUGGUGGGCGAACUAAUGGCCUCCUGGUUUCCACAUGGCGUGCGCUACGGCGGUCGAUUGUCACCCAUUAUGCCAGGUGGCUAUGCCGUUGUCGGCGCAGCUGCCUUUUCCGGCUCUGUGACGCAUACGGUAUCCGUGGCUGUGAUUAUCUUUGAGAUGACCGGACAGAUAACCCACGUUGUGCCCGUGAUGAUAGCCGUGCUGGUGGCCAAUGCGGUGGCAUCGCUGCUGCAGCCCUCGAUCUACGACAGUAUUAUACUGAUUAAGAAGCUGCCGUAUUUGCCUGAUCUGCUGCCAUCUAGUUCCGGCAUGUACAGCAUCUUUGUGGAGGAUUUCAUGGUGCGGGACGUGAAGUACAUUUGGCAUGGUAUCUCCUAUCAAAAGCUCAAAGAGGUGCUCAAGAUCAACAAGGCGCUGCGCUCCCUCCCGCUUGUGGACAGUCCAGAGAAUAUGAUACUGCUCGGCUCUGUGCAGCGCUACGAGCUGAUCAAGAUAAUUGAGAAGCAUAUUGGACGGGAGAAGCGCAUGGAGGUGGCGCAAAAGUGGCAAAAGGAGGCCGAAGAGCGCGCCCUCGAAGAGGAGAAGAAAAAACAAGAAGCUGAGCUAAAACAGCGUCGGCCCUCACGCUUCGAAGUGCUGCCCGCCCCAGACAUACUCAGUCUGCGGCAGAUAGCCAACGAUGAGAUGUUGCCGCCCAAGAAACGGGCGGAGACACUACACAGCUCCUUAACGCCACGCAAGUCCAUAUUGAAGAAGACGAACUCAUUCAACUUGAAGACCUACGCGCCCGCCUCGCCGCACAGUCCCAGCAUUACGCCGUACACCACGAUAACAGGCAAUUCGGAGUUUCGUAUACGGUCCGCAUUCGAGGCCAUCUUCAAGAAGUCCACCACGCUGCAGGAUGUACAGCCAGAUCCGGAAAUGGGCUCCAUGUCGCCGGCAGCAAGCAACAAUGAGGUGCAAGGGCAACGUGCACCCAGUGCCCCCAGCACACCUGGCAUAUCCAAGAAGGUUCAGUUGCAAGCACAAAACAAUUGGAACUUUGUCACAGAUCAGAUCAUGCUGCAAGUAAAUCCUAUUACAAAAUCGGAGUCAGCCAAAAAAAUGGAUGACACAGAUGUGACUAUAACAGAGAAAACAGAUUCGUAUAAGCCAAUUAAUAUGCCGCUGAACGAUGUGAAUACAGAUAAGACCUCCAUUAAAUACAAAACAAAUAAAGUUUCAGAUAUUAAUAGACAGACCCACGAACCGGCUACUGUGUCCCUUCUAAACGAGAAUCACGUAGAUAAGCAAAGAAAUGUUAAGAAAAAAAUUCAAUUCAGCUGCGAUGUGAGAGUUAAAGAUUCGGCAUUGCAUGGCUGUACGUUGGAUAAGCUAUCCGAUAAUCAAGAAUCAAAUGAAAUGGGUUAUACGAUAGAAGAUGACGAUGAUAAGUUUAAUGACGAUGACGAGCAGACGAGCACGAUUACAAAAAAGGCAAAGUCAGUGCAAUUGCCAAGGGAACGUGUUAUAGACAUGUCGCCAGAGGAUCAGAAGCAAUGGGAACUGGAGGAAAUGCAGAAACCCAUCGAUCUAGAAAAGGCACAGAUACAUAUAGAUCCAUCGCCCUUUCAACUUGUGGAACGCACCUCCAUACUCAAGGUGCAUUCGCUGUUCUCUAUGGUGGGCAUCAAUCAUGCGUAUGUAACAAAAAUCGGACGUCUUGUUGGUGUGGUCGGUCUCAAGGAGUUACGCAAGGCCAUCGAAGACAUCAAUAGCAACAGCUUCGUGGCGCAUCCCCGGGACGAGGAACCCAAUUCCGACUCGAAACCUGCUGCGGAGAAGCCUCUGCUGGCAGCUAGUCCAAGUGGUAGUGACAAAGCAGUUGACAUGACCAUUACCUCAAUGGAUUCGGCGCUCUCUAAUUCUGACAACUGUUCCGAUAUUGAAAUGGAGCAUCUGAAGUCUCUCGAUACGCCAGAAAUAGCGCUCACCAUGCCGCCAGCAGAGGCAAAUGCAAAUGCAACAACACAAGACACAAACAAAUCUGUUUAAACUAGGUUUCCAUCUGUAGAAAAAAAAUAUUUAUAUAUAUUUACUGUUAGCUACGGCAACAAUGUUUGUUAAAUGCCGUUGUUAAAACUCUUUAAACUUACAGUUUAAAGCUAAACUAAGUGAUAGCAUAAUUAAUUAACUAGUUGAUCAAGUUGUUAUGUAUUUAUAUCUCUCGCUAGUACAUAGAAUCAAAGAUAUCGUGAUCUAUAUUUAAGUUGCAGCAAGUGCAAAAUAAAUAUUUUAAAAUAACAACAAGCAACUUUUGAAAUAUACAUUUAAACUGGAAAAUAGUCAUUUGUUUGACUUUCCACAUUCAUGAUGUAAUAAAAAAUUGAUUUUGAUUUGGACAUCCAAUUCCUUGAUUUGGCUAAUUAUACCUUGAAAACGAAUUAAUAUUGAAAAUGGAAAAUCAGGGUUAAUUGAUUUUGUGAAAACUGGCAGGCAGGAGGAAGCAUCGCAGAUCAAGGCGAUAAGCUGCAUCGAUAUAUUCCUGUCCGUCUGCUUGUGCGUAUGAACUCCGAGAUCUCAGAAGAUAUAAGAGCUAGAGAAAUUUUAAAUUUAGCGUAUAUACCAUACACAGUACAAGUUGAUCAUAUUUUUUAAAUAUCUCAUUCGAUUUCUUUUUAAUCGAUAAUAAUCGAUUGAUUGAUUUCGAUUUUUCAGUGCAAUUUUAAUACUAUUAGACCUGGAGACUUCAGAUUUAAUAUGCAUAUGCACUGCUAAUAGAGCAGAAGCUUACCUUAGGGAAAUCACUUGACGUGUCAAGCAUUUUGUUGCCAAUGUUGUGCUGUGAUUUCUCAAUCCUAUCCUACAUAUAUUCUAUUUUAGCUCUUUUCUUACUCUUUUCUUUAUAUUUCUUAUUAUUUUUCCUUUUUACUAUCUUGUAAUGUUAUUCUUUUUCGUUACUAAUUUUUAUCUUCAGAAUUAUUAUAAUUGUAAUUAAAAGAAAAAUAUUUAGGCUCCUUUUAUAUUUAUUUUAAGUUUUCAUUUAACACUUUCUGCUUUUCAUAAUUUCAAUAGUAUCACUGACCAUAUUUGACUGUUCAUAGGAGCAUAGCUGACCGGACUGGCAAAUAAAAUACCCCCAUCGGGUUGUAAUAAUUUUCUCUACUUUUUUAGGCCAUAUAAUUAUAGUUUUAAUUGAUUCCUGAUUUGUCAAUAUAUCUUAUUUUAAAUAAAAUAAUAAAUUAAACACUUAUUUAAUAUUUCUUGAUUCGGGGCAACAUAAAGUUAAAAAAAACUUCAUGGUUAUAGACAUUAAAGAAUUAAAUUAAAUCAGGACUCUCCAAAUCUGAUGGAUUCGGGUCACUUCAGGCAAUCAAGAUAAACAAAUCUGAAACUUUUGUAUAUAAUCAAAGUACGUAGCGGGUUUUAUAUUAACCCGUCAAAAAUAAUUUAUUUUUAAGUGAACUAAAAUUCUCUGAUCUGCAAGUCGAACCAAAAUUUUUUGUAACAUAAAUUAUGACUCGUCGAACUUUGAGAUGUCGGUCAAUUGCAAACAAAAUUUGGUCAAGAAUAUGCGUGGGAAAAUAUUCGCAAGCUUUAUACAUAUUUGAAAUUUUUCAAUGGUAUAGUGCCGCAAGGAACUGCAUAUGCCAUAUUUGAAUCACAAUCUGAUAAAGGGCGACACUUCCUAGUAUCAAUGGGAGAUACGCCACUUAUUUAUGAACAAGAAAUUGAAAUGACUAGUACUUGGAAUUUCAUUGCACCAAAAUCUAAGAACAUAAUCGAAUCAGUUAAAGUCAUGGUUUGCCUGCCUAUAAAUUUAAGUUUACUGACGAAUUAAUCGAAGAUUGCACGAAAAAACCUCGUCCCGCUGCUUUGUACACGGUACUCAACUAUCCCUUGUAUGAUGAAAUGACACAAGCUUUGUUGGAUGAUCUGGAUAUGAAUGCAGCUUCUGAAACUGCCCCCUAUACUACACAUGGUCCCACUGGCCAAUUAUACUCAUUAUGUUUUGUAUAGUUUUUGUUUUUUUCACGUCUUUAUUUAAAACUUAAAAGUUAGCCUUGUAGUAUUGUAGUAAUUUUAUAAGCAUUUGUUCAUAUUGAUGAACAUAAUUUAUACUUGAUAAUAUUUAAAAAAGAACUUUGAAAACAUGUAUGAAAUAUAUGUAUACAAAAUUAAA